AUGGCAAGCUCACAAUCCCGAACUAGGUAUUCUGUCCUGCCUGCUUUGAGCCUCGAUGGUAUCAUUUGGUGUGACAUUGUCAAUGGCUCCUUCAACACGCAGCGGUUUUUAGCUUUCAUCCAUGGCUUGCUCACUCAAAUGCAACCGUUCCCACACCCGAGGUCUGUCAUCGUCAUGGACAACGCCAAAAUCCACAAGGCACCUGAGAUUUUGGAACUCAUUGAGUCAUAG